AUGUUACUGGAGUUUGUGCUAAAACUUGUGGGUGCUGGAUCCCUCGGUUCCGGCAAGGGUCUGCCAUGUGCCAUGGUCAUUGCACCCUCACCGAGUCGUCUCCUUCUUAAUAAGCCUUGUAGCUUCGUUUUCCCGCAAUUCUACAAGAUGGCUUCGAACGAAGCUGAAUUCUACACAUUCGAUGCGCUGGAUAUCGAUGGGAACAACGUUUCCAUGGGGAAAUACAGUCAUCCCCGUUUUGCCUUUCAGGGGGAAUGUGGUCAUUGUCGCUUGACUAAGAAAAACUAUGCCCAGCUGCAAGAUCUGUAUACCAAAUAUAGCAGCCAGGGCCUUAGGAUUCUCGCCUUUCCCUGUAACCAAUUCCGCAAUCAGGAACCGGGAACCAACGCUGAAAUCAAGGAAGCCGCGCGAAACAAAUUUGGACUCACAUUCGACUUCUUCAGCAAGGUUGAUGUCAAUGGUCCCGAUGCCUUGCCCCUUUUUAUUUACCUCCAAAAGACUCUUAAGGGGACGCUCACCAAUAUAAAAUGGAACUUCACGAAGUUCCUCAUCGAUAGAAAUGGCAUCCCCUACAAGCGCUACUCCCCGACUACUGAUCCUGAGAUGUCUACAAAGGCGGUCAGUCCUCCUCGAAAUCUUCAUUCCCCCAAAACAAGUGGUGAUGUGUGUGCAUCCGUGUCUCCUAUGACAAAGUUGAUGGAAAGCCUGUUGGCCACAUUGACUUUCGAUGUUCUCUGCAAACUGGUAUACUUUGUGGAGAUGACACCGCCCACAUUUCCUCUUACCUAUUUCUCUUUCCUUCUCUUGUUGGAGGACUGA